AGUUCAGUUGGUAUCCACUUCCCCUCUUCCUUGUCGUUGCUCAUAGCAGAAUGAAUAUUGGACAGCUCAACGACCUCUUCAGUAUCAAGGUUGAUGGUAUCGAUGAGAGAGUACGUAAGGAUGAUCUCCGAGAGGCUUUCUCGAAGUUCGGUGAGAUCGGAGAUGUAUUCAUUCCACUUGAUCGAUAUACUGGUGUCAGUAGAGGGUUCGGCUUCGUCAGAUUCUAUGAGCGUCGUGAUGCUGAGGAUGCCAUACGUGAUAUGGACAAUAAGGAAUUCCAAGGAUGCCGCAUAACAGUAGCCGCUGCCAUGUAUAAUAAGGAGAGUAGUUAUGGCAAGGGUGGUAAGGGAUAUGGCAAGGGCGGCUAUGGUGGUGGAUACGGCGGUGGACGCUAUGGUGAUCGUUCUUAUGACCGUUAUGAUGAUCGGUAUGGCGGUGAUAGUCGCUACACUAGCUCUGGUCCUUCUUAUGGAGGAGCAGACCGUCGUGGCUCAUCGAGAGACAGGAGAAACUCGAGAGACCGUUCCCGAUCUCCGUAUGAACGCCGUCGUAACGACAGUCGUAGCCGCAGUCGUAACAGUGAGAAUCGUACCAGUCGUAGACGCGAGGAUAGCCGAAGUUUUUCUCGGAAUGAUGAUGCUGAUGACAGUCGUAGUGAUCGUUAGAGUCUGAGAUGUCUUCUAGCUUGCUAGGGACAUACUAGCUAACACAAACGUCCUACUACUACUACUAUAGAUCAGCCUUUGUUGGGUUAUGAGACCGUUGAUCAUCAAUCACAGUAUGAGUAGCAACUUGGUGACACUCUUACGUUAAUGAUUGUACUGAUAAUACUACCUCCCAUCUCUGGCACCAUCACUUACACCAG